CAAAUCAGAGAGAAGAAAACAGGCUGAGCCUACCCCACCCAUCUGCUCAUUGAUAUAAAAGCAAUUGGCACUGACAACCUCACAUCUACCACAAGGAUGGCACCAGCUGGAGCAAAGAGUGGCCAAGCCAAAAAGGGCCUUUUGGAGCGUCUGGAUGCAGGAGAAGUUGUUAUCGGGGAUGGGGGCUUUGUGUUUGCCUUGGAAAAAAGAGGUUAUGUGAAAGCUGGACCAUGGACCCCUGAGGCUGCAGUAGAACACCCAGAAGCAGUGCGUCAGCUGCACAGAGAGUUUCUCCGAGCCGGUGCCAAUGUGAUGCAGACUUUUACAUUCUAUGCCAGUGAUGAUAAACUGGAAAACAGAGGGAACUAUGUGGGCGAGAAAAUUUCAGGCCAGAAAGUUAAUGAAGCGGCGUGUGACAUUGCAAGGGAAGUUGCAAAUGAAGGUGAUGCAUUGGUUGCAGGAGGUGUCAGUCAAACCCCUUCAUAUCUAAGCUGCAAGAGUGAGACUGAGGUGAAGGCUAUAUUCCGAAAACAGCUGGAUGUAUUCGUAAAAAAGAAUGUUGACUUUCUCAUCGCUGAGUACUUUGAACAUGUGGAAGAAGCAGUCUGGGCAGUACAAGUGCUAAAAGAGUCCGGAAAGCCUGUUGCAGCUACAUUAUGUAUUGGUCCAGAAGGAGAUUUAAAUUGUGUAUCCCCUGGAGAGUGCGCUGUCAGGCUGGCAAAAGCUGGGGCUUCCGUGGUUGGAGUCAAUUGCCAUUUUGACCCAAUGACUUGUGUAGAAACAGUAAAGCUGAUGAAGGAAGGUCUGGCCGCAGCCAAAGUCAAAGCUCAUCUAAUGACACAACCACUUGCGUAUCACACACCCGACUGUGGCAAGCAAGGCUUCAUUGAUACACCAGAGUUUCCUUUUGCCCUGGAACCACGUAUUGUGACCAGAUGGGACAUCCAUAAGUAUGCCAGAGCAGCCUACAAUCUUGGUGUCCGGUACAUUGGCGGCUGUUGUGGGUUUGAGCCGUACCACACCAGAGCUAUAGCAGAGGAGCUGGCUCCUGAAAGGGGAUUCUUACCAGCGGGUUCAGAGAAACAUGGCAGCUGGGGGAGUGGACUGGACAUGCAUACCAAACCCUGGGUUCGAGCAAGGGCCAGGCGGGAGUAUUGGGAGCAGCUGAAACCUGCUUCAGGGAGACCCUACUGUCCAUCUAUGUCCAAGCCGGAUGCCUGGGGAGUGACCAAAGGAGAUACAGAACUGAUGCAGCAGAAAGAGGCAACUUCUGAGCAACAGCUGAAAGAAUUAUUUUUGAAGCAAUCCACCUAGAUGUUCAUUGCACUAUUUUGAUGCCUUUUGUACAAACAAAUAAGACAGUCAAAUGUAAAUGGUAAUUUUUUUACCUUUUUGGAUUAAACAAAACAUCUGCAUGAA